GGAGUUUGUUUUGCUCCUUUUUGUUGUGAUAAUACUGACACGUUGUUGGUCUGAGCGAGCCUUUGUUUUAGCUGUGAUAAUAUGCACAUAUUUGUCGUUAAGUUUGAGAUUAGUUAUUAGUGGUAGGUUGUGGAAUGUGGAAUGUCUCCUUGUAGCAUUUUACAAAAUGUUUGUAUUGGACACAAGAGCCAACUGACAUCAUUGUUGUCACAUGAUCUCAGUUCAGGUGCAAUUCUUCCACAUUUAGGAGCCAGUAUGAACUGUAUGGAACCCGCUGCCUCUCCUUAAUACCCGUCUUUACUUUACCUCAGUGACUUGUUAUCACUAUCCUCUGGAGAUACCAUGACUAAUCCGAUCGGAGAUUGUGCGCAAUCUGCCCGAGUUGAAGAAGACCGUGAAGGUAAGUUGCUCUGCAUGGAGAUUAAAGCCAAGUUGGAGGAUUUGCUGUCUGACAGCCACCUGGCGGAGGACGGCUUCCUGCUGAAGCACGUGCAGAAGAACAAGCAGGGCUACGUCAGUCUCAAGCUGCUCACUGGUUCGAAAAAGAUAAAGGCCCUGACCACAAACUGGCACGUGACUCUGGCGGCAGCGGAGGACUCUGAACUUCUGGCGGUGAACGAGGAACGCACCAAAGUGAGGCGGACAGAGCCGCUUCCCCGAUGGCUGCUGUGUUCCCCCACCAGCAAGCUCCUGCUCGCCUGGAACAUUAGUGCGAGGAGAACCACUGAAGAAGACGGAGCACCUCGAGGCCAGGAGCAACCUCGCCUCUCGGAGAUCAUCCUCCAAAAGUUUAGCGUGCAUGGCGGUGUGACGUCACUCUGGAUGCUGCAUCCCGGCAAGAAGCUCCCCAAGGAACUGCAGUGCUACGCCAAGCGCCACAAAGAGCUCGGCCGACACCUGUGUGCAGUUGUGAAGUUCAACCGUUUGGACGAAGUCCGCAAAGCCUACAAAGCCCUGAAAGCAGAGGAGAAAAAGUGUAACGGCGACGGCAUGUGCGUUGUGCCUUUGGGAUCCCAGGCAAUGCUCCGCGUCACCAGUGACCAACCAUCAGAUGAAAAGAACCAGGGCGAAAACGAGGAGGAGGAUUCGUCCCAGGGGGAGGCCUCUGCUCCACCGAAGGUUUCUGACACGCGUCGACCCCAAAAGUCCUCCAACAACUCAGUGCUGAUCUCCACCGGCUGCAACAGGCAGUCCUUCCCCUGUUGGAACCAGACGUUCAACAGGAGGAGCUGGUGGUCUGGAGAUGGUGGCGACGGGAAUUCUCAGGGCCCUUGGGUGCGCAGUCGCAAAUUUGCGGCCAGCGCGUUGGACGCCAGGGUGGCCGAGAACGGGAACGCGCCCAACGUGGUGCAGAGAGUGCUGCGUCAGCCCCGAGGCCCCGAGGGGACCAAGGGCUUCCACAGCAGAGGGAAGCUGCUGCUCCAUCCAACUCGCCCCGGGGUGCAACUCCCACUUUGCUGAAUAGCAGGAGCAGGUGUAGGGAGCAACGGCACGCCACAAUCAUUUAUAAUACGAGGAAGGAAAUAAAGUGUUUUUUUAUUGAAUGAAAAAAAGAAAAGCUAUGUGGUUCUUGGUAUCUCUGUUGGUGAGAGAUUGUUUAGUCUGGUUUGCAUGUAGUUGUAAACAACUGACAGGCGGGGGCAGCAUUUAGCCCGUGUCCACAGCUGUGUUAUUCUAAACACCCAGUUGGUCCUUGUCAAGCUGUAGUUGCGUGGGAGGUAAAUACACUGCAAAGCAUGUAAAUAGAGGACAGCAGUAUUAGCGGGAGGUACAAAUUGUUACACAAACUGAGGCCUUUGAGUGCUGAAGUAAAGUAGGAAAUGUCUCAGAAUCCACGCAGGCCCUUUUCUGCGCUCCCGGCUCAACGCAUCUGGGCACAAAUUGAAAAUUGCAAUGUGUAUUUGUUCUCGGGCCAGGAAUAAUUUACCUUGUUGCCACUUUCUCCAAGAAAGGGUUGUUGUCUUUCAACAUGAGACUUUGGAAAACAAAAAAAAAGCCCCCAUCGUCCCACUGCAUCUUUUUCAAAAAUAACUGUUUAGAUUUUGGUUCUCUAAAAAGUACCUUUCCAUUCUCUGAGAUGACAUUUGGCUGAAGGCUACUCGUCCAAUCAUCAAACCACAUCUUGUGCAAGACGAGCAUAGUGGCCGCAUUUGUGCCGUAUUUCCAGCCUUUUUAACGGCACCUCCACUGGAAUGGUGUGUUUAUAGUGUAACUGAUUGAGGGCUUCCUUAAAAUCUCGCCCAAACUUAAACAAAAUGUGUUUCUCCACUCAUCCGCACCCAGUGGAAAGGAUUCAAUCCAACGUGUAAAGGAUUCUAUCGUAGUGAAAUUGGAAACACACUUUGGUGUUUUCUUUCUUCCCUUGUAUAUUCUGAAGGUCAGUUAGUCUCCAUGACUAAUGUAAUCUUAGCUGCUGAGUGAGACUGUGCAUCGUAUACAGAUCGGAUAAAGUGUUUCACGCUUAUUGUUUCUGACUUGGUUUGCCAAUUAACAGCUGUUGGAAUUUUAUGGCAGAGGAGGAUGGUCCAUGAAAACCUCCACACAUCUGUGAACAAGAUGUAAAGAGUAGAAAUGUUCCUGCCCCACGUCAGGAAAUGUUUCUGUGCUGAUGGUUCCUUUUCAAGGCUAGAAAAGCACGAUAUCGCCUGCUAACUGGAAGUCAUUAUGCAUUUACAUGGUCUCCUCAGCCAGUAAUAGUAUGUCAAACAAUUUAGAUAUAAUCAUUUCGUGUUUUUAGGGGCGAGAUGAUCUGCUGGAAUUUGCACCUGCUGACCAAAAUAGUCCAAAUGUGAAGACAAUAACUAAUGUUUCCGUGAUUCGUGGCGAUGGUCAGCGAUGAAGGGUUUAUAUGAAGAGAGUUUGUGUUGGCGUCCACUCAACCUGCUCUUUAGGUCAUUGACAUAACAAUCGUAAUACACAUUUCGCCUAAUACACACCAGUAUGAGACAAGCCUCGCAUAAAGGUCCCUUUGGUCUUUCCAUUUUUCUCUCAACCAGCAAUAAAGGAGAUUUUAGUCCCAUAACGUUGGCGAAUAGCCACAUUUCCGCCUCGCUGUUGGAAUUUUGUGUACAACUUGGCCUGAGGGUAUCCGAAUGACUCAUGACAUUAGAAUGGGAUGUUUGUCAAAAUAUUAUUUGCUUCCUGUUUUGACGCUGACCUCCUGCUUUAUUUCAACGUCGACAUUCAACAUUGUACCUUUGCAUUUAUUUGACGCUCCCAAAACAGUGUGACUGUGCGACUUUGUGUGUUUUUCUUGUAUCUUCCCUUUCGUGCAUCGCUUCCCUUUUUCUCCUCCCUGCUUGGCCUUUGUUUAUACAUGUCUGACCCCACGCACCUGACACAUUUCCCCGUGGAUGGGGUGUUUAUUUAGAUUGCAGCAUGGAGUUCGCGAUACCUUCCAGAAGUACAACCAUCUGCUCCUGAUUUACGCCUCGAAGCUCCAGGGCUGAAGUACUGGUCCGUAUUGGAGGGGACGUGAACGUGAGAUUUUCGACAACAACAUCCCCUGGUUUUAUCUCAAUCCGGCUGUACUAUACAACUCCGCCGUGAUAAUUCCAUUUAACUGGCUUUACUGUUGUCUUAGCACCGUUUAAACCAAUUGUGAACUUUCUUAAUUCCCGCUAAAAGAUUGGAAAACACUUGCUUCAGCAGACCCUCCUGAGCUUCCCAUUUGAGGCUUUUACCAAUCUUCUCUCUUAAGAUGGCCGAGUCUCCUGUGGCAGAAGGUAAAUGUAAGCCCUCACUCAGGCCAAAGCAUCCUUUAGGGCUCCUGGAGCUCGAGCCAGGGAGAUUAUCAUGUCAGGAGUAAUCCGACUCUGCCCACAAGCACAACUCCGGAGGAGGAGGAGCAACAGCUGAGGAGGGGAGGCUGGAGGCAGCGGCAUCAGAGGAGCUCUCUGCUGCACUUACCAUAACCACGCUCUCCCUCCUCACCCCAACCCAUCUUCUCAACCCACAGAGUCGCCUCCCGGAGCUCCAGAGGAGACACGCUGCCGGAGAUGGGGAAGACGGCACGGUUUGCACGCCAAAGAAUGAUGAAAGAAGCUUACUGAAGUGAGCUGGAUGCCAAGUCCUGGACCCCCUCGAAUCACUCAACUCUCCUCUUUUCGCAUGGAUCAACCUGCGUGGCAUGAAGCUCACGCUUACAUCCAGAGGAAUGUUGAUCUUGAUCUUUGCAACCUGACAGCGUUCCGUGGAAAUGCAAAUAUGAUAGAAGAAUAGUCUGGACCCGAUUCAAGACAGGACACCUCCCGUACUCGCAGGCGCAGGGAGUUGUGAUGAUUUUCUGGGGAACAAGCAGGAGUCCUGCCCUCACUUCUCGCCUGUGUUGUUGAUGAUGAUGAUGAUGAUGAUGAUGAUGGACUUACCCAGCCAGCACUUGCCAGUGGAGGUCAGCUGAAGACGACUCCACGCAGCUAAGUCUGGAUUAGCCGGCCGAACG